GUUACUGCUGUGACGUCAGCAAGCCGCAAGUGAACGAAGGAACUAACGGAGGAGAGAUCGAGCCCUGACCGGAUCUACCGGGAGGCAGCAGAGCUACAGAGCGAGUCCCCGCAGCGCGCCCCGGAGGAGCCGAACGGAGGAAACGGUCCGCUGUGCGCCAGCCGCAGGAAGAAGCACCAAGCGAUGCGAGCGCAGCCCGCCGCCGCCCAGUAACCAGCCGAACCAGCGCCGAGGAGACCCGAAGGGACGGAGGUUUCCACCGUCAGGAGAACGCCACGAAAACGGACACGAAGCCAGCUGCGGUGGCUCCACCGUGCUCGCUUUCUUUCUUUUGGAUCACACCGACAGGAUCGCCGAUUUAAUGCGCUAACGGAGCGUCUGUGCCCGGCUUGAGAGAGAGGGAUCUGCCCAGAGAGAACCAGGGGAUCGAAGGCAGAGCUCAGAAAAGGUGGAAAUAUUCACAAUUCAAAGGAUCUGCAGUCAGAUUAGAUUUUUCCCCCUCCUCUUUGAUAUAUACCCGCUGGUCUGGUGCGUUUUCGUUGCGUGGAUCCUGGUACCGGUAACGCCAUCAAGCUGUGUUCUCUAACCAUGGGAUGUACGCUGAGCGCAGAGGAGAGGGCGGCUCUAGACCGGAGCAAAGCCAUCGAGAAGAACCUGAAGGAGGACGGGCUGACUGCGGCCAAAGAUGUCAAACUGCUGCUGCUCGGGGCUGGAGAGUCAGGGAAAAGCACCAUCGUCAAACAAAUGAAGAUCAUCCAUGAGGACGGUUUUUCUGGUGAUGACGUAAAGCAGUACAAGCCUGUCGUUUACAGCAACACCAUCCAAUCUCUGGCUGCCAUCGUCCGCGCCAUGGAUACGCUGGGCCUGGAGUACGGAGACAAAGAGCGCAAGGCGGACGCUAAGAUGGUGUGUGACGUCGUCAGUCGUAUGGAAGACACAGAGCCGUACUCCGCUGAGCUGCUGGGCGCCAUGAUGCGCCUGUGGGCCGACUCGGGCAUCCAGGAGUGCUUCAGCCGCGCCCGGGAGUACCAGCUCAACGACUCGGCGCAGUACUACCUCGACAGCCUAGAUCGGAUCGGUGCGGCCGACUACCAGCCCACAGAGCAGGACAUCCUCCGGACCCGAGUGAAGACCACAGGCAUCGUCGAGACGCACUUCACCUUCAAAAACCUUCACUUCAGGCUGUUUGAUGUGGGAGGUCAGCGGUCGGAGAGGAAGAAAUGGAUCCACUGUUUUGAAGAUGUGACGGCCAUCAUUUUCUGCGUGGCUCUGAGUGGAUACGACCAGGUUCUGCAUGAGGACGAAACCACGAACCGCAUGCACGAGUCGCUGAAGCUCUUCGACUCUAUUUGUAACAACAAGUGGUUUAACGACACUUCCAUCAUCCUCUUCCUUAACAAGAAGGACCUGUUCGAAAACAAGAUCAUCAAGUCUCCGCUGACCAUCUGCUUCCCAGAAUACACCGGUCCAGAUAAUUACGAAGACGGGAUUGCCUACAUCAAGUCUCAUUACGAAGGCAAGAACAAGUCACCCACUAAAGAGGUGUACUCUCACGUGACCUGCGCCACGGACACCAACAACAUCCAGUUCGUCUUUGAUUCUGUCACAGACGUCAUCAUAGGCACCAACCUGCGGGUCUGCGGCUUGUACUGACCGGAUGCUUUUACCUCUGUGGUACCUUGUUAUGUCACGUGUGUGGGGCCAAUUUGAUUGGUCAUCCUGUGAGAGAUGGUCAAAUGAUGUCCUCCUUUAUUACAGAGCAGACUGUUGGUCCAGCUUGAUUUAACUUCUGUUUGUUUAGUGCUGGACCACUCCCGCUGUGUACUGUUGUUUUUCUGACCUUACCUGUCCCCGGUUCCCUCUGAUUCAGGCCUCUAUAUCAAACAAUGGUGUCUUGGUUCAUUCUGUAAAGGGGCAAUUGUGAGAAAACCUUAACAAGUUUGUUAGAAAAGCCAUUAAAUGCAUACAUAGUGUUGUAAGAAUUUUCCAUUGCUUAAUGCUUCAUUCUAUUUGGCCUAAUAUCACGAGAUUCCUCACCAACCUCGUUCAAAAUCCAACAUGGCCGCUGCAUGUGUAUUCUUAGCUCCUAUAAUUACCUGGGUUUUUUUGUAUUACUGAGUUUGCAUUUCAUUGAAUCAGUCGCACACACAGUACUCUGCUAUCUUUGUUACGGUGAUUGAACGCAGUAGCAAACCAGAAAAUUGGGUUGUUUUGCUACCACAGUUAGCUAGUCUCUGAAGACAACCGUAAGCUAAUGUCUGUGGUUAUAACUGAACACUCCUACAUUAGCUAUGUCUUUAUAUUUAUGGAUUUUUUGUGGAAUAUGACUCCAAAUUAUUCCAAAGGAAAUGUAGCUUGAGAAGCUAAAAUACCUAAAUGUAAUGCUCAUUGACAUGGUAAUGGCUGGCGUUUGCAAAGCAGCCAAUCCCAUUUUUCCUUGACACAGAUUAGCUGUAACUCCUGAGAGCGGAAAUGAGGAAAAUGGUUGAUAUUCUGCGGUAGUGUUAAGACGGUUUACACUGUCUGUAUUAAUAUAUAUUAAGGUAUAUUUGGUGUUUGAACUAAUAAAGUAGGGAGUUAUAAGCAUUUUAGGGGAUGUUUUAGGUAUUCACUGGUGGUUGUGCUCCAUGUCUCCUAUGAAUAGUAGGGAUGUCACACCUUUCUCUACACUGUUUUCUGCAUGGUGACAAGUAAUGUAUUGUUUGGACAUGGAGUAUUUUUUUUACCAUUUCUAAUAAUGAAAACCAUUUUAGGCUAGUUUUUCCUCUGACUUCUGAUAUGAGACAUAAGACCUGGCAAGAGAUCUGAGAAUCCACCAUAUUUAAAACAAAGAACAUUAUUAUUAAAAAUCUCACCAUGUAAACCGAAAGUAAAUACUUACAACUCUAACAUUCUUUAUUACAUAAUUAUCAAUUGUGUGUUUUUGUUUUUUAUUUGUAGACAAUUGAGAUGUAAGUGGAGGAAAACAGGAUCUGAGCUGGGAGGAGGUUGCAUCAUUGCCUCAUGUCGUAGUGUGCACGACUCCAUUAUGAAACCACUUAAAGCAAAGGGCUAGAAAAGCUGACUCAGCCCGGCAGCUACAGAUAGUGGCUGGAUGGAUUCAUCGAUUUCACCCCGCCCUGAGACUACAGCCAUUAUCUGAGGCUGCUGUCUGUAACAUUCCUGCUGUCGGCCAUAAAAACCCGCAGCUGAGUUUUGGAAGACUGAAACCUGGAGAGAGUAGAUGGCUGGGAUUUGGGUUCAGAUUGAAGAUUAUUACGUGUUAUGGAAGGUAGGAAAACACCACUUCUGCAAAAACUCAACUUUCAAUAAAAAGAUUUGGCGCCAUGAUGAGGUUUUUUGGUAGUAUCAAAAUUGGUUUAUUUUUCAGAACUGUAAUGGGAAGACUUUUUAUGCAUCACAACUCACAUGAUCAACAAUCAGAUGUUGCCACUGGCACAAACCACAAAGAAGAAGAUGACAGGAAGUAGUUGGAGGAUAAUAGGCGGCCAUGUUUUUUUAAUAACUUAUCACGUGAACAAACCUAUUCACAUGUAACUUUAAUUGUGGUUUUUUUUAAUGGAAACACUGCAGUAGCAAAAUUCAGUUUUUUUUUUUACUUUAGUGGAAUAGCAGCAGUUUUUUUGCACAUUUGUAAUGGAAACAUAGCUACUGUCAAAAUUGCUUUUUUUUACUAUCUUCUCCACUUUUCAAUAAGAGUUUUGAUAAAUAUCCAUAUGUUUGAAAAUAUGAUUAAAUGCAGUUACUGUGUGUAGUUUAGUAAUAAAAAUCAGACUUACUGAUAAAAGUCACAGCCAUACAGUUACCAAUUAGAGAAGUUUUUAUCACUUUUAUCAUUAUCACAAUAGUGCCACAGAACAUUGUGUUAAAACUUGAAGUCCAUAUUGCCCACCCCUCUUGAAAGGUUGAAAGUGUCUGAUGUGAGUGGAUUUACUGCUGUGAUUCGUGCUUCAUCACUCCCAUCCUCUGCCUCACUUUUAAACAGGUAGAUGACAUCAUCAGUUCAUCUUUCCACAUCUGCGCCAAAUUUCCUAAUUAGUGACGGAGCGUUCCCCGAGGCUGUUGAUUGGCCUGAUGUGCAUGAUUCUGCUUGUGGAUUUUCUGUGUUUGUGUGUGUUUGCAGAUUGCGUACAGUUAAUGGUGUGUGUGUGUGUGUGUGUGUGUGCGUGCGCGUGUCAUUUAACAGAACAGGAAAGGUCAGCUCACAAACGUGUGUGUACGUGUUGUGUUGGGAGACAGCAUCAGCUCAGGGGUGCAGUGAUGGAGUCAGUAUCUGGAUUAAUUACCCGCAAAGCACCUGUCUACCCUUUACGCUAACACAAACACACACAGCAGCACAGGCAAGUGUUCACACACGCACUGAACGCACAGAACGGCCCUCGGGUUUUUAAAAUGUCGCCACACCUUCCUUUGCCAAAUGUUCCCGUCGUUCGUAGCUAAAAGCAUCAGAUGGAUUCUGGCUGAUUUGGCAAACAGAAAAUCUGCUGUUUGUGUGUAAGAAUAAUGAUGCACUUUUUAUUAUUUUGUUUUUCUGUGCAUUAAAAUUAUUUAGUAAUAAAGUUCUCCUUACUUUUUUUAUGGAAACUACUUUCCAUCUAAAUCCACAGGGGAAAUUGCAUGUUUGUCUUUUUUAAUGGAAACUAAAUUCUUGGGUCUCCAAAUCCAAAGAAUGCACCUUACUGGCAACAUUUUCAUCAACAAAUAUUGAUCUUGUUAAAUUUUGCCUUACAAUUUUUGUUGUUUAAUCCCAUUGAAUUGAGCCAGAAAAGGCUUUAAAAUAGGAUAGUAGCAAAUGAGUGCGGUUUAUUAGUUUUGUUGGUUUUUUCUUUCUAGUGCCUCACAUAAAGAUCUGUCAGCAGUUGGAGGAAGACAUCCUGCUGAAUUUUCCAUUUACGUGAUGUUCUGUAUCAGUUCACAGUGAUAAAAUAAAAGGCUUUUCAUUUUUUUAUUUGACUCGUACCAGAAAGUGACAACAUACUGUUUGAGCUCCAUCUCUUGAUUCUGAAUGACAUGGAGGUGUUUUUUCAGCUGUUCUUUAUCAGUAUUAUUAAUUUAUCCCCAGUUUGUUCACAGCAUUAACAUAAUUCAAACCUAAAUGAUCUGAUAUGUGUUUUGUACAUCUAAAUCUAUUAGUGUAAGAGUUUGUGAGUUGCAGCUUGAAGCAUUUUGCAUAUUUUUGGUUAAAGUUAAUUGUUAUCCAGAACUGAAACAACUUUGCAGAUAUCUUAUUGGAAGCAUUACGAAGUGAUAUGUGGUAAAGUCAUUUUGGUUUACCUGAUGUUGUACAUGCACCCCUCAACAUGGCUUCUAUUGAUUUCUUUGAUUCCCAGGAAAAGCUUAAAGGUUUUUAAAAGCUUUUGAUAAAUGGUUUUAAAAUCAGGAUGCAUAGAAGGAUUCUGCAGGAAUCUUCUCAGGGUCAGAGACUGGUGACUGUGGACAAGGUCACCAGUCUCUCACAGGAAACCAAACAUUGAACUCGUUACAAAAAAUCCUAUAUUUACCUUACUUUAUUUAUUAUUAUUAUAUCCUAUAUUUGCAUUACAUUGCAGGGAAACAUGACUUUUAUGCUGCACUCCAGUUGCUAGUUCUCAAAUCUGGAAAUAAUGUAACAAUCAAAUUAAACUUGUUUGAGAAAUUUCAAAAUGUUGUUGACUAACUUGCUUAAGUAUUACUAUGAGUAACAAAUUUUAUGAGCACAAUGUUUGUACGAAUGAUUUAUUAAGAGUCAAACGUUUAUCAGGUCAAAUAACCAGUUUAUAACUGCAUCUGGUAUUUGUUUUAUACACAUUGCAGCUAUGUUGUAAUUUGAAAGCAGGGUUGAUGAGAAACAUUUGAGCUUCAGAACCAGAAAUGUACAGUACCUUCUGAUAGUCAUUUCACUUUAUCAUCAUUGUUAUGUUUUUAAGCUACAGUUGCUGUCUUGCUAUAUCGGUUGGUGUCCUUCCUGGGUCUAAACAUGAGGAAACGAAGCAGAAUUAUGUGUGACUUUUGAUGGAGUGUGUCCACUGGGAUCAGUGGUGUGGAAUUCACAUCGUUCUGUCUCGUCAUGACCGGGUACAAAACUUUUCCAUGAUGUUUUGCUUUGUUUUUUGGCUCCUAUUUAAAAUAAAAAAAGAAAGUCAACUGACUAUCUGAUAACUAAAUUUUAGUGCCAUAUUUAAGUGGAGACAUAAUUAUUAGUCAAAUAAAUAAAAAGUAGAUAAAGUCUGAAGUUUCACUUUUAGCUUCAAGCAUCAGGCAUGCCAAGGUGAGUGAUGCACCUGGGCUGUUUGGUGGGAAAUUACUAACUGUUUUUCUGAAUCAUUGUUGCUGUGCUUGAGUAACAGUGUUGUUGAUUCUGUAGCAACGGCCCAGAUGUUUGUAUACACGGUGUUUAUGAGCUUCAACGGGCGUGUGGCUCAUUUUUCUGGCUUGGCUGAAAAUCCUCUGGCUGAGCUGGUGGUCAGAUUAUGUGUAGGAACGCAUAGAGAGGCAAUUUCACAGUGGUGGUUUACUGUGGUUUUAUGGCGUUAGUGAGAUAAAACCCACAUAUAAAAUAGUAAUGGGGCUAAAAAUGCUACUGUUUUACAUCAUCCUGGAUUGUAAGAAUUGGUUACCAAAUUUCAUGAUGGUGUUCAGGAAAAUGCUUCUCCUUGUAAUUAAGAGCUAGUUAAUUUAGUUAAAUGGGAGUAGAUUAAGUAUCUGCAAACAGUUUGUACCUCUCAGGAUUCACAAAAGUUCGGAUAUUUUCAUUGUUACUUUUAUCUCUUCAACCAAGUUCAGUAAUUAUUAUGACUAUUUUUAAUUGGAAAAAAGCCUUUCCAUUGUUUUAAUUUGGAAAAAAAAUUAAACAUUGGAUGUCUUUUACUGUCUUUAGCAAUAACAGCUAAAGCAGUUUAAGAUUUACAAAAGCCCACAUUACAUGAGGAAAUGGACCAAAACAUCCUAAAGUUUCCAAUUAAAAAUGUAUUAGUGAAAACCUUUGGGGAGUUCUCUUCUUACAGUUUAUUUAGUCAGCUGUUUUUUCAAACAUAACUUAAAUUUAUGUCUUUAUAAUAAAUACAAGACUUGAGUUUUGCUAUCUAUACAUUAUAGAACAUGUAGAAUUUUUUUUCUUUAAUUAACAGUGAAAAACGAACAUUUCUUAGCAGCUUAUAGUGUUUGUUUAGAUUAAACAGUGUGAUCUGCUCAUUCAGCUUGACCUUCCAGAACAUCCAGUUGUUUCUUAGAAAUAAAGUACCGCACUGUAGCACUAAAGCAGUUUGGGGUUAAUAAGAUGGAAACAGCGCUGAGAGAAGAACAAUGAGCCAAUCAGUGUGUCUGUGUGUAGACGUGUGUGUUGGGGCCAAACAGCCAAGACCAAAAAGCAAAACUUUAUCUUUUUUAGUAAAUAUCAAAUCUGUGUUGGCUACAUAAAAUAGGGAUUUGUGGGUAAUGUAGUUUAUCUGUCAUUUCUCAGUGUAGAUCUUAAAUUCAGAUUUUAAAAAAUGCCGUGUGGCUGCAGCCCAGAGAAAUGGUUGCAUUUGUGCCACGUUUUUUCUUUGUUUUUGUUGUUUGCCCUACAACAGCAGCAUAACAAGCUGCUGAUAUGCCACAGUGUUACAGAUGAAGAACUAAAACAAAGUGCCAAAUAUUUUCCUUAUUAGCUCCAGAGCAGCUCCCAUCCUGACCUUGCUUGCAUGUCCUUAUGAGCGAUUUUCAGUCCCACUUUGCCGUAAUGAGCACUUAAGCCGAGGAGUCACUCGCUCUCCUGCAGAAAGUCUCCCGGCUGCAUUAGAGCAGAUUGAACUCCAGAGCAUCAACUGUGCCUUUUCUCAUCCCGCCCAUAACCCAGCUCUCCUGUUACCAUAAGUUAACUCUGUCUCCAUGCCAACCAACACUGUAAACACUGUCCAGGUACUGCAAAACCUGCACAAACUGUAUAUGGAUGUGUAUAUACUGUAUGUGUGCAAGUGCUAAACUGUUUGUGCUGUAACUCCCUCUCUGUUGAUAAUUUAUUGAACAUUGUAUUUAUACAUGAGACAAUGAUAAUAAAGCACCACAUGAGCAACCGGA